ACCAGACGCCGCCGCUCUCGGGGCAGCGCACUCCGCAGCAGCAGCAGCGGACCCCGGGGCGGGGGGAGCAGGCAGGCAGACAGCCCCCCCUCCCCCCCCCGGCCCCUGCAUGCUCCAGCGCCGGGCAUGGUCCGCAGGACGCGGCGGGCGGCGGGGCUGGGGCUGCCCUGCUUGGGGCUGCCCUGGUUGGGGCUCGCCUUGCUGCCCUGGGCCGUGCCCCCCGCCGCCGCCCCCCCAGGGGGCUGCCCGUCCGCCUGCUACUGCGUGGCCACCCCGGAAUUGGUGCAGUGCCGCUACGAGAGCUUGGACGAACCCCCCCGGGAGCUGCCCACCUCGGUGCACAACCUGAGCAUCUCCGGCAGCAACCUGAGCGUGCUGCACCGCGCCGCCUUCGCCCCACUCCCGCUGCCCGACCUCCGCCUGCUCCGCUUGCGCCACGACAACAUCCAAACCAUCGAGGACAUGGCCCUGCAGGGGCUGCCGGCCCUGCGGACCCUCGACCUCAGCCACAACCCUUUGCGUUCGGUGGCGGCCGGCGCCUUCUCCGGCGUCCCACUGCUGCGCACCCUGCAGCUGAACCAGGCGCUGCUGGCCGCCCCGCUGGAGGAGCAGCUCGCCCUCGCCAUGCGCAACCUCAGCCUGCACCGCCUGGAGCUGGCGGGCAACGGGCUGCGGGCGCUGCCGGCCUCCCUGCUGCCCACCGGCCUGGAGGAAUUGGAUCUCCGCAACAACUCCCUGCAACGCUUGACGUCCACCGAGCUGCUCAGCCUGGAGGCUCCGGGGCUGAGGGGGCUGCGGGUGUCACUGGGGGCCAACCCGCUGCAAUGCGACUGCGCCCUGCGCCCGCUGCUCGCCUGGUUGCGCUCGUCCGCCGCCCGCGUGUCCGAUGCGCGGAGCCUGCAGUGCUCCAAACCUCCAUCGUUGCGCGGGACGGCGGUGCUGAGGUUGCGGCCCGAAGGGUUGGGUUGCACGGCCGAUGAGGGCGGCGAGGCCGGACAGCUGGAGACAGCUUCUUACGUCUUCUUCGGCAUCGUGCUGGCCCUCAUCGGCAUCGUCUUCCUCAUGGUGCUCUACCUGAACCGCCGCGGCAUCAAGCGUUGGUUGCACAACCUGCGGGAAGCUUGCCGUGAUCAGAUGGAGGGCUACCACUACCGCUACGAGCAGGACGCUGACCCACGCCGUGCCAGCGCCGUCGGCACCCCGGGGCUCUGACAUCACCGGGCUCUGGUGGCACCCCGAGAUGCUCCUUCCAGCUGCCUCCAUCCCCAGCAUCCUCCUGGUCCCCAUCCCGUUGCCACGGUGCUGCUCCAGAGAUCCAAGGUGCGCGUUGGGCUGCAUCCGAGUGGGCAGCAUCAUCUCCUGGAGGGCUCCGGACCGGCUCAGCCCGGGCUAUGAUGGCAUCACAAUGUCCUCCCUCCAGCUGACUCCAUCCCCAGCGCCCUCCUGGUCCCCAUCCCAUUGCCACGGUGCGGCUCUGGAGGAAGAACUGGUCCUAGGGAUGCUGUGAGUGCUCCUGUUGGGCUGCGUCCGAGCAGGCAGCAUCAUCCCUUGGGGCUCCGGACCAGCUCAGCCCUGCUCCAUCCCAUCUCUGGAUCCAUCCACUUGUCCCCAUGCAGGUGCUGGGAUCAGGGGCGAUCAUGGGUUCACCAUGGUGACGAGCCGGUCCCCGGACAUCACCCCAUCCCAGCUCCCUUGCACUGCAGACAUGAGCGUGAACUGCACACAUCCCGGGGAGCAGCAGCCAUAUCUGAACCUUUCCUGGACAUUCCCGGAGCCCGGACUCGACUUUGACCAUGUACAGCUCUUUCCUAUUAGAUUUCUAUUUGACUAAUGCAAGAACUUUGCUUGAUUUCUCUCUCUUUUUUUUUCCCCCCUUUUCAUUUCUCGUUCUGCUCUCCCCACGAACCACCUGAGCUCUCCCAGCCCCAACCUCCUCCCAUCGGACCACAUCCCCAUCUCUUCCCAGGCACAAAAGGACACAGCCACGCAGGGAUCACCCCAGCAGGUGCCUGCAUGUCCCCAGGGCACUGGGGCAGCUCCUUUGCCCUCAAACCCCUCUCCCAGCCCCGGCUGUCUCAGCACAUCAUCGUAAUGAACAAAGCCAAAGCUCCGGCUCCCAUGCACCUGCCCGUGUUUGCUUUGAACCGUGCCUGUUACUAUAUCCUAGAGCAAAUAUACCAAAAGCUGCA